AUGGAUGCGAGAAGUGACGAAUUAGUUGCUGAGCUACAAAAAGCUAUAUCCAGUAAGAAAUCAGAAGUCGCUCGCCUGAAAGAAAAAUUCGACAGCUCCAACAAACACUUGGCCACGUUAACAUCGGAGAUUGCUGAGGGAAGGGCGAAAAUAGCUGCUAACAGAAUAAGAAUUGCCACUUUAGAUGCUGAAAGAUUCGCUUGCAUUCAAAUAGAAAAGUUAAAUGUUGAAUUGAUCGACAGAUUUGAUGCGAUGUGUAAAGAAAUAUGCGCAAUAAACGAAGAAACGGAGAAGCAGGCUACCGAAUUGCAAUUGGAAAUUGAAGCAGCAAAAGAUGUUAAAAGUACUGUUAGCGUUUGUAAAGAAACAUUAGGAAUGUUGCGUAGUACGAGAUUUGGUGACAACGACGACAUGGAUGAUACACGUAGGGAUAUUGAAAGUGCACAAAACGAAUUGCAGUUGCUGUUAGAUGAGGUGCAAGCUUUUGAAGUGGAUGAAAAGUCACUAAAUGAUAAACUGAGUACUGUUGCAUAUGUUGACAUUCCAUUGGCGGUUAAACAUCAAAUAUACCACGAUUUGAAGAAGCGCAAAGGGGAGUUGGUUCGUAAGCUUAUGCAUGCACGUCUCAGUCGAAGCCGUCUGGAUUCACAAUUUGUGAUGAGUGAUUUGUGAAUAUAUCAUGUCAAUACGCUAUAAUGCUGUUAGAAUUGGAAGAUUAAAUGCGAUCAACAGAGUACUGAGAUGGGUAAACGCU